CCAAAAUUGCGAAAAUUAACCACAAUUCGUACUAAGAGCGAAAGUCUUUUGCGAAAUCAGAACAAUUAUAACCAUCGAAUCAAAGCAAUCAACCAUUGAACUAGCAUUCGAUGGCCAGUGAAGACGUUUUCGAUCGGCUCAGCAGGACAAACAAACGCCGAAGGAAGACCUCAAGAAGAACGAAGGCUCCCACAGUAACCUACGCACAAAGCGAUUCUGAUGAUUAUCUGUACCCUGGCACUCAUGGAAUGGAAGAAAAUGACGAUGAUGAAUUCCAGGACGAAAUCGAGUACGGUAACAACAAGCUUGUGCUCGGUGAAGAUGGACAUGAGGAUAGCGCUGAAGACGAAGUGGACUAUCUAGGAGGCUGGGCUGGACCAAGCUGGUUUGGCCAAAGCGAAGCGCGAGGGGAGGAAGAUAACGAAGAUGCAGAUGAAGACGAUAUAUACAGCCUGGGCUUCAUAGAACCACAGCCAAGGAGAACAGCGAUGCCCAGUUCGACAAGCUCUAUCGUCUCUCGGUCAAGUGAUGAACCAUUCUCCGCUCAAAGUGUCCAACAGCACCAUAAUUCUUCUCAACAACAACGAAAUACCACUGAUAUGCCAAGGAAGAGAAACAGAGAUGACUAUGAUGUGCGGGAACAUGAAAACACAGGCUCAUCAUCAGACGACAAUACUUUCGGUAUGCUAGGAAUGUAUUCUGGCCAUCAUCCCAAAACUAGACGUGUUACACCAUCACCGAACGGGUCAAGCAGUCAUGAAAUUGGGUUCGACCUUGUCUCUGACAGACCUUCUGACGAUACUACAGCCUCACCGAUUUCCUUUGCAUCCAGCUCCUCUUCUGCUCUACGCCACCGUCCAGAGCGACGAGAUCACCACUUAGAUGUUGGAAGUACCCGUUCCGAAGACGACAGUGGUGAUGAUUUCUCACCCUUUAUUCCACAGCCAGUAUCGGCCAACAGAAAUCGUAGUACUACAAAGCCAACACCUUCACCCCAACGACAAUCCAUCUAUACACAAAACUCCAUAGCGCUAUCAACACCAGAUCAACCUCAACUUAAUUCACAAGCAAGCUCACAAUUUUCCAAUUCCAAUCACCGAAUGGAUCUAUUUCUUAGACUUUUUGGCCCUGAAAGGAGUCAACAAUCCUCCUCUGAUAGAUCAUAUAAUAGCGUCGAUUCAGAAAUCUCUGACAACGAUGAUUCUGGUGAUCGAGAAAACGCAUUAGCGGACGCAUUCAGAAACAUGCACAAUGCAUCUAUCACCACUCCUAGCACGACAAGACGACGAACAACGGGACCACUGACGGCCGGUUUAUCGAGAGCGAGAGUUCUCCCUAAUUUCCAUAGCACUAAUUCCACAUCCAACUUGACGCAACGGGCGAAUAUGAAUAGAAGAUCUUUUGGCCUUGAAAGCUUUAAUACUGAUGAUGGCUGGUCUACGGAAGAAGAGGAGGACGAUGAAAGUUUGGCUAGAAGACUGCAAGAAGAAGAAUUCUCCUCAUUUACCCAUCGCAGAUCUGAUGUCUAUCCAUUUGAAUCACGUUCGUCCUUCCAAACAGACAGCGAAGCAUCACCAAUGGGUAUACGCAGAAGAUUACCGUUACAAUUCUUGAUGUCUCAAGACAGAAGUCGGUCACAGACUCGUUCAACGCAAAGCACAUCCCCCGUUUCGGAAUCCGUCGGUCACUCUGGUAGCGAAAUCGGAGAAGAGAACUCGAUCAGUGAAUUUGGAUCAUCCAUCGAAGAAGAAUCAGACGAACUUGAUGAUUUCAUACCAGAUUUUCCAUUAUAUACCAUUUUAACAGGCGUUGCCGAGUUUGAGCGUAGACGAGGAUCCCAGCAACGGGGACCUCUGACUGAAAGGAUUGAAUUCAAUACCUUAUAUCAAUCUUUGACGUCCUUAGGAGGUUGGGGAUCAGUUGCAACCAAUCCUAUGAAUUAUAUGGAUGACGACGAACUAGAUACGAGUUAUGAAGGCUUAUGGCGACUAAGCGAACAAAUUGGCUACGAGCGAGAACGAGGACUUUCCAGUGAAGCUCGACAAAAGCUGAAGAUGAUCACUUGGAGGCAGCACUCUAUCUUGAAGCAUCAAAACGUCGCAAGUAAGACAACGUCCAAGGGAAAAGAAAAGGCCAAGCAAUCCACGCAAACCGUCGAACAAAGAUGUAGCAUUUGUCUUGAUGCAUACAAGCUAGUCGAUAAAUUGUGGGUUCUCCCUUGCCAUCACGAAUUCCACGUGGACUGCGUCAAUCGCUGGUUUGAUACAUCACAGAAGUGCCCAAUCUGUCGUCAGAUAGUUGAUAGCUCGUGAUAUCCCGUACAACUGUAAUAAAUACAAAAAAUGUCUGAAGGCUGUAAAACUACUUGUUUGAGGAAAUGCAAAAACAGUGAUUUUGAAAUGUUUUAUUCUUUUUAAAAAAAAAACGAAGUUGUUGGUU